UCCCUCUCCUUCUCCAACUUCUGACAGUGGGCAUAUUUUUCUACAAACAUCCUAGCAAGAGAGUGACUUUUGAUUCACAUUGCGCCUUCUGGAAACUUUGUAUACAGAGGAUUGAUCAUCGUAUACAAGCAUCUUGAUAAAAACUGGAAAAGAUGCCAGAUGCUGCUGGUCACUUGCCCUUCUAUUAUGGCAGUAUAUCUCGUGCAGAGGCAGAAGAGUAUCUCAAGAUAGCUGGUAUGAAGGACGGACUCUUCCUGCUGAGGCAGUGCCUGAAAAAUCUGGGAGGAUAUGUUCUCUCCGUUGUCUUCAAUAUUGCAUUUCAUCAUUAUCCUGUGGAAAAACAACUGAAUGGCACAUACAUUAUUGUUGGAGGAAAGCCUCACUGUGGGCCUGGUGAAUUAUGUGAAUUUUACUCAAAGGAUGCAGAUGGACUGUGCUGUGUCCUUCGAACACCAUGCAACCGACCUAGUGGGGUUCCAUGUAAGCCUGGAGUUUUUGAUAGUAUCAGAGACAACAUGAUGAGAGAAUACGUACGACAGACAUGGAAUCUUGAGGGAGAGUUACUGGAGCAAGCUCUCAUUAGUCAAGCUCCACAGGUGGAGAAGCUUGUGGCCACGACGGCCCAUGAGCGGAUGACAUGGUACCAUGAAGACAUCAAUAGAAAAGAUGCUGAACGUAAGCUGUACUCAGGAGCUCAGCCAGAUGGCAAAUUUCUAAUCAGAGGAAGAAAAGAAACAGGCACAUUUGCCCUCUCGGUUGUGUACGGCAAAACUGUCUACCAUUAUAAGAUUGAGCUUGACAAAUCUGGAAAGCUUGCAAUCCCAGAGGGAAGUAGGUUUGAUACAUUAUGGCAGCUUGUGGAAUACUUAAAACUCAAGUCCGAUGGGAUUAUAACUGUUUUAACUGAGUCCUGCUCUAAUGGCAAAUCACCUAUUUCUGCCCUCCCACCCACCCUUCCUGGAAAUGUAAGUAAACUUGUGGUGAUCCAAACUGUUGACUGUUUGAGAUAUAGAUAUAGAUAUAUGAGACAAUUCCUAACCAGCAGAGAUUACACUCCGGAACCUUCCCAAGGGAAUGCCAGAAUACUACCUAUGGACACCAAGGUGUAUGAGAGUCCUUAUAGUGAUCCAGAGGAGCUUAAAGAGCGUAAACUUUUCCUGAAGAGAGAUCAGCUUUUAAUAGAUGAAGUAGAGCUGGGCGCCGGGAAUUUUGGAUCUGUCAAGAAAGGUGUCUACAAGAUGAAAAGGCGCCAUAUUGAUGUAGCCAUCAAAGUGCUGAAAAUGCAGAACGGUAACGAAGCUGCAAUAGAAAAAGAAAUGAUGAAGGAAGCAGAGAUAAUGUAUCAACUGAACAACCCAUACAUUGUGAGGAUGAUAGGGGUUUGCCAGGCAGAAUCUCUUAUGCUUGUCAUGGAGAUGGCAUCAGCGGGGCCCCUCAACAAAUUCUUAUCAUCUAAAAAGGAGGAGAUAUCGAUCAGUAAUGUCACAGAACUUAUGCACCAGGUGUCCAUUGGAAUGAAAUACCUAGAAGAGCAUAACUUUGUGCAUCGGGACCUUGCAGCUCGUAAUGUUCUUCUGGUGAAUCAGCAUUAUGCUAAGAUCAGUGAUUUUGGUCUUUCUAAAGCACUGGCUCCAGAUGACAGCUACUAUACGGCUCGGAACGGUGGUAAGUGGCCUCUGAAAUGGUAUGCCCCAGAGAGCGUCACUCACCGCAAAUUUUCCAGUAGAACCGAUGUGUGGAGCUAUGGUGUAACCAUGUGGGAAGCCUAUAGCUAUGGGCAAAAACCAUACAAGAAACUCAAAGGUACCGAAGUAUUGGAUUUCAUUAAUAGAGGUGAGCGUCUGCCUUGUCCCGCAAACUGCCCCAAGGAAAUGUAUCAACUCAUGCUUGACUGCUGGAUAUUCACGAUGGCAGAACGUCCGAACUUUGAAAAUGUGGAGUCUCGUAUGCGACUUUAUUACUACAGCAUUGCUAAAGAAAAUGAGGAAAAAGACAAAGAUCCCGCUGCAGAGAAAAAGAAGGAAUGAAAAUGUUGUAUUAUGUGCAUUUUAAUUUGGGGGCAAUGGUUUAAACCUCUGUUUGCUUUUUAUCCACCCUUUGUCCACUAGAGGUCAGUGUGCCUCAAUAUUCUACAAAACAGACAUUCUAAUUGUGGAUAUGUUGGGAGACUUGUGCAAUGGAGAGUACAAGAUACGUCCUGGGAUAUAUAAACAGAUAAAUAAAUAAAAAUAUUAUUAAUAAUAAAAUACAUAUAAAUAAAUCAAUAAAAAGUAAGUACUGUUAAUAGGUUACAAGUCACAAUUCAUGUCCCUCUUUGUUUUUUAUUUCUGCCUAUGAAAUUAGAAUUUAAUUAUUUCUGCUCUAGUAGUUGCUUUCUACUCAAGUAUUUUAAAGUAUAACAUCUCUGUGAUAUAUUUACUUACAUUAUACACAACCUAUUUCAUAAAUAAACCAACUGGGUAUUUUUGGAAAAAUUAUCAUUCUCAUCUUGGUGUAAACCAGGGUUACCCAGAAGGUAGAUCCCCGGAUGUUGUAGAACUACAAUUCCCAUGAUGCUUUGCAUGGUUUUUGCACGACAAAGCAUCAUGGAAGCUGUAGUUUUAAAACAUCUGGGGAUCUACCAAUUUGGCACCCCUGGUUUGCUUUUUAGAAGCAGUUACUAUAGAAGACACAGCAAGAUAUAUUUUUAAACUUUGGUCAGUGGGAGAGACCAAACAAAUAUUUUGACAGACAGAUUGGAAACAGUGAUAAGAUUCCAAAAUAAUUAAUGUACAUCGGUUUGCAAAAAGUUUGGGCACCCUUGACAAAAUGGCAUGUUAUGUUGGUUUUCUGGGGUUUUCACAUGCUCUUCAUAUUUCUGCAUAUUUUAAAGGGACACUAAAGUCACCCGGGCAACUUCAUCUGGAUGAAGUGUCCUGAGUGUACGGUCCUUUUA